UUUCAUAACCCCCACCCCCAAAAAAAAGAAGAUGCAAUGUUCGAAAGAAACACUCGUUAGGUUGUUCUACAACGUCUCCAGCUCCUUCCUCCUCCUCUUCCUCUUCUUCUACUUCACCUCCCUUCUCCUUGCCAAGCUCCUCCACUUUUGUGGCACCCCUAUCCUCCAAAGAAAUCAGGAUGGAUAUGACUUUGCCAUGUUUUCUGAGGAGGAGGAAGAAGAAGAAAGUGGACAUUUUUGCAACGAGUACAAAGAGAGAGGUGAUCAUCUGGUGGCCGACAUAAUUCACGGUGGUGAAUCACUUGAGUUUUUACCGCCCAACAAAAACUGCCCAAAGGUUGUUAGCUUUAGAGAAGAGGCGGAGAGCUAUUUUGAUCCCAUCUAUGAAGAAGAAGAAGUUGAUCAUGUUGAUGAGGAGGAGGAGGAGGAGGAGGAGGUUGAAGACGAGAUUUUGGGAAAAAGAUAUCAGAAUAUUAAUGAUUCUAUUUCUAUUGGCAAUUCUGCUGAAAAUGAUUGUGGGAGCACCAGACCGGCGGUCCGGGUCCAGAACAAAAGUGAUGACUUGGUCACUAAGUUUGAAACCCAUCAAGGAAAAAUAAAAAAUACUAAGGCGAAAUUUGAGAAAGCGAGGACAGAAUUCACAAGGGACGAGAAAUUUUUGAGUUUUGCACCACCAAAAUCGGAAGCAAAGAAGAUACAAGCUCAAGGGAAGGAUGGUAUUGAUUAUGAAGAGAUAUUUGGGGACUCAUGUACGGUUGGAUCAACAUCAAAGAGCUCUUCUGAAUGGAGAAGCUCCAUCAAUUGCAGGGAUUCGGGUACAGAAGAUCCAUUUUCAUCUUCGUCCAGACGAAGUUGCCCAAAAUGGGAGUCUUACACUGUCUUCCAAAAGUAUGAUGAAGAGAUGCUCUUCUUGGACAGAAUUAGUGCACAAAAGCUCCAUGAAACAGAGUCACUGAGAUCGAUACAGGCCUGUCCAAGAUCAGUAUCAGAAAGGAUAGUUUACAAGUUAUCAUCAACAAGGAAAAAAAGCUCAACGGGUACGUAUCGGAACCCGUAUAAUGAAUUGGAGGCCGCGUAUGUCGCUCAAAUCUGUUUAACAUGGGAAGCUCUGAAUUGGAACUACAAGUAUUUUCAGCGGCUCAGAGCAUCGCGCCGUGAUUCUGAUCCGGGUUGUCCUGCCUAUAUAGCCCAGCAAUUCCAGCAAUUCCAAGUACUUCUACAGAGAUAUAUAGAGAAUGAGCCUUAUGAUCAGCAUGGAAGGAGGCCUGAAAUUUAUGCUAGGAUGAGGAGUGUGGCACCUAAGUUGCUCCAGGUGCCCGAAUAUCGAGAUUCGAUCGAUGAAGACAAAGAGGAGAGUCUUGGCUCAAGAAUUCCAUCAGAUUCAUUUCUCCUGAUAAUGGAAGAAUCAAUAAGAACAUUCAUGAAUUUUCUCAAAGCAGAUAGGGAGAGUCACUACCGAAGGCUGGCAGCUUUCUUUAGGAGAAACCAAAGAGGUUCCGUAGAUCCGAUUCGUCUUCUCCUCCUAAAGAAACUAAAUAAACAGAAGAAAUUGAAGCUUAAAGAUGUUGGGCGGACUCGGAAUUGCCUGAGAAGGAGGAGGUUAAAGGAGGAGGAAGAGAUGGAGGUUUUGAUGGCUCUAAUAGACACAAAGGUGGUUUCUAGGGUUAUGAGAAUGACUGAUCUAACUGAAGAACAAUUGCAGUGGUGCGAUGACAAGAUGAGGAAAGUGAGGGUUGCUGAUGGGAAACUGCAAAGAGAUUCUUCACCCCUUUUCUUUCCUGCUCAUUGACACCCGGCCGGCCCCACCACCCCCACCCCCACUAGUAGAUUAGUGGAUAUCCCUAGCUAACACACCUUUUUGUAUAUACUGAGAGAUGUAAAGAACAAAAAAGUGCUGCAUAUAUACGUACGUUGCAUUUUUAGUACAGUAAGAAAAAUAAACCAGGAAAUGGAAUUUGUGGCCGGAUCGGACUAGAAUAUUCAUUGUGCAUGUAUUUUCUACAAUAUUGUAACCGGCAUCAUAGUAUUUUUGAAUGCAGACGAUAUAGGUUGGUUUAGAUUAAAGUCAA